CGUCUCGGGCUGAGCCGAAUUCGGCUCUCGAUUGCACCGGUUUUGCGCUUGAAUCAAACCGCAACUCGUGAAGCCUUGGUGGCCGUCCACUGGGUCGCACGAAUCACGGCGCGGAUAAGCUCGGUUUCCUGGCCCCGCCCGUCUCCUCGCGCAAGAACGCUUCGCUUCGCCUCAAGUUUCGGGAGUCGAUUCGCCGCAAGGAGCCAUGGUUCUCACGACCUUCGAUGGCGUCGGCGUUGGCCUUGGGUUCGGCAUCGGAUGCGGGUUUGGAAUUGGAUGGGGCUUUGGAGGAAUGCCCUUGCAUACCUUUGGCAUGGGAAUUGGGGGAGGCUGUGGAGUGGGACUUGGUCUUGGUUGGGGCUUUGGCAGUGCAUUUGGUUGCAAAUACCGGUCCUCCAAAGUCACUUUCCAGGGCAUUGAAUUUGAUAACAAGGGGACGAGAGAUAAAUCAGUGGCAGAUUCCUUGAAGCACGCUCAAUAGAUUCAAGUUCCACACGGGCACUGUCAUAACAGGAAGGUGUAGUAGUCUUUUUACUGCUUUCACCGCCCAUGAUUGUUCUAUGAUCAGAUAUCUUUGGGUUUUACGAUUAGUAAUUUAGAUGUAGAUGUGUGACAUCAAAUCAGAGAACCAUACUAUUCCGGUAAAAUUUCAGAGACACCAUGGCUUGUGACAAUACAAAAUUCUGCAUGUUUCAUGACUGAUGUGGCAAGACAAUAUUGAUUUGAUUAAAAUCAAAUAUUAUCUUA